AUGGCUGAACAGGCUCCCCCUGCGAACCCCCAACCCGUCGUCCUGGAUCCAGCGUCUAUCACGGCUAUCGCGAAUGUGGUGAAGGAUCUGGUCGUUGAGCACAAGCUGGCUAUUGACCCGACUAGGCCCCUACAGUCUGUGAUGACCUUAUUAUGCGAGGUGAACGUGGCCCUUGGGAAGCUACAAGCUGCUACCAAUGUCACUACGGCGAAGGCCGAGGUCGGCUCCAAGCUCACUGAGGUUAAACGUAGCUUGGAGGAGCUGAGGGAUGCUUGGGAGACUCUAUCUCUCAACGAUCAUCAGAAGAGUCUGAUCGCCGAGGAGUCCUCGUAUGCUGGUUUGCCACCGUCAGAGAGGAUGCAACUACGUAUGUUAUCAAAGAUGGACACUCUAGUCCACAAGAUGUCGAGACCCCCUUCCUCGAGGUAUGGGCCGCCCCCCUCUGGGGUAGGAAUGAGAUGCUAUGUAUGCAAUCAACCGGGACAUAUGGCCAAGGACUGUCCCAAGAAGAAGCCACCGGUUGCUAAUUGA